UCCGCACUGCCACAAGCACGACCCCUCUGCCUCCUAUUACAACCACACACAGCCGCCUUCCUCUCUCUCUCUCCCUUCACAGCCUUGCUCACACACCCCCCCCCUGCAGCUACCUGCCCUCCACCCUGGCACCACCAUCACCACCACCCCCCCGACCCCAACGCAAUUGCGCGGCGGUGAGCUGCAUCGGCAGGAUUAACGACCAACCAUCGUCGCCGUGCUGGCAGUGUCUCGCCGCUCGCUGAGCGAGCCGCCGCCGGUGGCAGCAGGAUGAGCCAGGAGCCGGGCGCCAGCCGGGGCGUGGUGGCGCAAGUGGACGGACGCCGCGUGUGGGUCCGCCGCGUGCCGUUCGGGUACAACGAGGAGACGCUCCGCGAUAAGCUGCUCAUCCACUUCCUCAAGCCGAGCAAGGGCGGCGGGGAGGUGCUGGAGGUGAUCUACCCGACGGAGAUGCCCGGCUGUGCCCUGCUCACCUUCCAAGACUCACAGGUGGCAAGACGGGUGAUGAAGCACAAGCCACACAUCCUGAGCAUCGAUAAGGUGGAACACGAGUUGCAGGUGUCUCCAUACAGCGACAAUAAGGUUAUCGAGAAGGUGACGAUGGUGGUGAACCUGGAGACGCUGCGGGACGACGCGGCGGUCCUGGGCCUGUUGAAAAGCUCGGGGCUGUACCACAGGAGGGCGGCAGCGCAGUGGUUCGUGGAGGGGACAUUCCGCGAAGUGCAGAGAGUGCACGACGAGCUGCUCUACCUCGUGAGCAGCGAGCACAACGGCGGAUUCUCCUUGGUAGAGCACGGGCCGGCGGCGGCGGCACAUUUCGGCACCACGAGUCACCGGCCACCAGAGGACGCUGCAAACCGUAAGCCGUCGUCGCAGAGGGCCGCCGUUGAAAGUUUCGAAAACAGAAAAGGAUUUUCAAAGCAGCACUCAAAUGCAAAGGCGCUUCCGGACCCAUCGCAUUCAUCGGUGGACCCACAACACAAGGCGGAAAGUAAAAGACCCUUUUCGCAAGAGGAGGCCGGUGACCGUCUUUCAUUGGAGCACAUUGAAAAGUGCAAGUUAAUGUCUUUGAAAGCAGACAACAGCAAAAUGCCGGAGGUAGGUCUCGUUAACAGGACUGUAUCUACCGUGGUCCAGGCUCCUCAUCAACAAAUAGUUCCCGACAAAAGUAAACUUUCCAACAACAGAAAUUCCCACCCGAGACCGGUGGGGCUGCAGCAGUUGGAUAGCAGGUCAGUUUCAGUACAAACCAACAACUGUCGAUUCACCUCCGAGAGCGCUGCAGCUCUGCCGUCCACCUCUUCACAGUUGAGGGCCAAUAACGGAGCCGAGCCCGUGAAGGCGGACAAUCAGAAGCAGCCUCUCGACUGGUCACAUGGCGGCACCCACGGUGACACUUCCACUAAAAUACCCAACAGAGAAAAGGCCAUCGGUCACCCGAAAAAUUCCAAAGCGACCCCGAUGGAGACCGCAAAAGGCGCAGCAGCCAGAGCCGCUCAGGAAACGGAGACGCGCGGCAGAUCGGCGGCGCUUCACGACAAGAAGGCGCAGCCCACGCAAAGAGCCGGCGCUCAUGUGGUGGCGCUGCCCGAGCGGGGUCUGCACAGUGAAGAAUAUUCGGUGGCGAUGGACACGGACGUAUUUCAGUACAUCAAGAAAUUCUACAAGCAGCAGUACAACGACGUCUUGAGCAGGAACCACGCCGAGUGCGUCGAGUGUGAGAGCGGAGAGAUCACCACCGUGUAUUUUCAGUCGCAGGCGGUGGGGCGGUUGGACGACGCCGACGGUAAACGCAAGAUGUGCAGAGCGAGGAAUGAGCUGUCCACGUUUUAUCAGAAAUUUCAGGACAAGCUUUGCCAAGAGUGGGUCGACCUAAGUCCGGCGUCUUUGAGCGUGGAGAAGCUGACAAAAAUAUGCCAAGCCAUGCAGAAUAAGUACAAGGAAAUUCUUAUAAAGCGAUACCAAGCAGAGUUCUGUCUGGUUGGAGAGAUCUCUAAGGUGUACGAGGCAGCCAGUGAACUUAAAUCCUACAAUAAAUUACCAGACGACGAUCAGCGUGGCAUCCUAGAGGGAGACACGUUCACCAAAUCGGCACUUUUAUACAAAACGUGUGAUGCCCGUACCACUGAAGGUCUUUACAAUAUGUCCGGUAGUAUGAGCUCUAAUUUUAUGAAAGACGAAGCUGGGGCAAAAGAAAAGGCAUCCACCACCAACACCACCAGCGGAGGCGGAGCCAAUUCAGACGGCAGGGCGUCCAACAAAACCUUCGAGGGCCAGACAGACACCUCGCAUGGCUAUGCAUUGCCUGAAAUGUACGGGAUGUCGGCGUUUGCUAGGAGGCAGGUGGAUUACACAAAUACUGACGUUAAUUCUUACAGGUCGUCGUUUUUGGGAAGACACGACGAGGCGAAUGAAUUCUCCGGCUCCUCGGACGAUGUCCUGAAAGAAGCGACGGGCAGAAAGCAGCAGUGUGCCACGAUGUCGACGGCGUUUUUGAAGGAGAGAGGCUCGAGGGUUAGAUCGGCAGACGUCUCCUCAAAAAUCCCGUUGCGGUCACAGAGCCUAGACGUGCCAUUUCGGUCGUCGCAAACCCCGGACGAGCCGUUUGACCUCAGCCGUUGUCCUGAAAGUGUGGCCAUGGACACAAUGGUAUGGACGUACAUUGAGUCGUUUCACAAAGCGCGCUGCAGAGAGCUGGGUAGCAAGUACAACGUGGACGUCGCCAAACGCGUUGACGGCGAUAUCGUGACACUUCAGUUUUCGUCUGCGAACAAAUCCAUCCCGGAAUGUGACCCCAGGAGCUUCGGGAAGGAAAUUGCUCAGCUCUACAAUUCCGUGGAAAAAACGCUGGGCCAGCAGUUCAUCCCGAUCGACGAAAUCAACCUGCUGCGGGAGAGUGGCGGCAUACACGGCAUAGCGACCAUGAAGCACGUGUGGAGGCGGCUCAAGGAGAGGUUCCCCGAGGUGCUGUUCUCCGAAAGCGCCGGCGGCAUCUGUGUGGUCGGCAGGAGCGAGGAGUGUGUGGCCGCUGCCAACGAGCUCAGAAUGGUCAAUACCACCAUCGCCGACGACCAGCGCGAAGCGGAGAAGCAGCUGGGCCCGUCAAACAGACAAGCUCCUCGUGCAGUCGGCCACGAAGCGGGCGCCAGAAGCAAGCACUUGGCUGAGCAAAGUGGCUUUAGAUAUGAGAGUGCGACCGCCAAUGAUACCGGUGCUGCCGCUGACGUCCUUUCAUGGCCACUGGGCGGGUCGGACUUUAUCGGAGAAUCCAAUGGCGCAUCGACGUCUUCGUCUUCUACCACGUCGUUAAGCAGCAAGCUUCAGCACUCCGCGGGCUUCGAUCGAUGUCCGGAAGAAAUGUUAUCUCUGCACAAUGAGCAGCGAACGACGGACUACUACGCCUCCUCGCAUUUCUACUUUCCGAGCGCAAGCGGCGUGCGAGUGGACAGGGGUCCCUCGAAUGCUCCAGACCACGGCGCGUCUGCUUUGGCCGAACACCUCCAGCCCAGGGAGGAGGCAGAUCGAGGCAGAAGGAGAAAUUGUUCCGACGCGCACCAUGUGGAAUCCGCCGUGAAGAAACAGUCCAACGUCGAGAAGAUCGCCGAUGACACAUUCUCGGUGGAUGCCUUGAAAUUCCAGUACUUGGAGAAGUUCUGCAAAGUAGAGCUCGACGGCAUCCUGAAGAAGUACAACGUUCAGAUCACCAUCCUGCAGCAGAAGCCAAACCUGGUGUUGAAGCUCACGGCGUGUGCGACAGGCGCAGGUAAAGUGGAGGAUGCAUCGAAGGUGUUUCUGGUCUGGUACCUCAACAAGUGCUACAGUUUACACAUAGAGUACCUCCUGAUGGACGGCGUUGCCGUGCAACUGUCCGAGGAGGAGAUUCAAAUUUACAGCACGGACCUCCAGCAGAGGAAUCCUCCCCUGCUGCUCACACGGCACAACGACCUCAUCGUGAUUGUGGGUCAGAAGGAUGGCUGCCUGGCGGCUGUGCACGGGCUCGCAGAGCUGCUUGCCGCGUGCGUCUCUCGCGAGCCGUCCGGCCGUACCCCGCAUUCUGCUUCCUCGGAAAAGGACUCUCAAGUCUCCCCUCGACACUUUGGCGAGGGCGACAGCAGGAGGAACCCUCAGAACCACGUUCACACCCUGCCACAGAGGCAUCAGCAGAAGCAGACCAGAGGAGGCCUCGAAGGCGCGAAAACCAGCUCCAGAAUUUUGCCAAACAGGUUCAGCUUUGAGACCAGGGGGGCGAAAGCCGCGACCCUGCGUAGCCCCUCGGCGAAGGAGUCGAGCGCUAAGCCGAGGUCAUCGGAGUCGCGAGGACGGCAGGACAACGUGGACGUGGAGAGGGGCACGGCGAGCGGCGCGCCGAGACGGUCGUCGUCGCUGCCCCGCAACAUGGCGCGACAGACGCCCGUGCAGAACGCGCAGAAGCCGAAGGAUUCGCGCGCGGACGUCUGCAAGGCGCAGGACAUGGGCAGGAGGCUGCAGAAAUCUCAGGACUUGCUGGCGUCCGCCGUCUCGACCAAAACCAACCUGGAUGGGGUCGCCCUUAAAGACACCAACGUGUUCGCACAGGGCCUCUCCUCCAGGCACUCCGCCGCCGCCGCCAUCAAGGAGCGUGCCGACGAGGGCCUGUGGACAAGCGAUGGCUCGGCCGCGGGCAUGCGCAGGUGGACCUCCCUGGAGGAGCUCGGCGGCUCAAGAAGGAACCCGGCGAACGCCACUGGGGAGGGACGGGCAUCGCCGCGGGAUGAGCUCCGCGAGCAUUGCCGAACGUCGCCUUCGCCCCUGCUGUCCCUGGAAAAGACAUGCUCCCGGUGCCAGCAGUUCUCUGGGCAAGUGGUGAGGCUGAACUGCGGGCAUUGCCUCUGCGAUCGCUGCCUGGGAUCGCCUCCCAGGGUCCCGGCGGAGGCGAGGGCCUCGUUCUGCCCCAUGUGUCUGUUGGGAGAGGCGGCGGCGGCGGCUGAUGGAGCAGUGGCCGGAUCGGACCUCGGAGGCAGCAUGAGCUCAGCCGUGCUCAAUUUUCCUCUGCCGGGACACAGCAAGCAGCUGACCAUCAAGAUCACCUACAACAUCCCUGAUGGCAUCCAAGGGAGGCGGGACCCGUACCCCGGACGCCCCUACUUUGGCGGAACCUUCGAGGCCUACCUGCCCGACAGCCCCGAGGGCCGGCGCGUUUUGUCGCUGCUCACGAACGCCUUCCAGCGCGGUCUCACGUUCGCGGUGCGCGCCACCGGCGGGACUUCGGGCCAGGCACGUGUCACCUGGAACGGGAUCCCCCACAAGACGGCCGUGUUCAGCAGCAGCUGCGGGGAAAGCUAUCCGGAUUCUUCCUACCUGACCAGGGUGUGCAAUGCUCUGCGUGCCAAAGGAGUGGAGUAAUUGUAUCCUUUCUGCUGCUCAUGCUGCGGCCGACUGCAGAAGGUCCACGGCAAUACACUCGGCAUUUUUGGGGCAAUCGUUGUCAUUGGCAGUUAUCGGCCAUAUUCACUGGCAAGAGCACUUAAUAUUGGCAGCUAUGGCAACUUGGUACGGCAGUGACGCAGAAUGUGGACGGAUUUGUUUUGUCUAUAAAACAUAAAUCGGUGCCGACAAUAUUGCCCGUGACGAUUCCCGUAAAAUUGUCUCGGUGUAUCGUGGUGUUCCAGAGGCUCGCUCGUGCCAUGUUCGAGAAACUCUGAAAUACAUUUGGCAGGGUCAUCGUUAGGGAUUUUAACUGUUUCAGUGAUUUUAAGUUGACGAGAACCCGCGAAAGAAACUUCCCUUUUGCAAUUUAAGUAUAGUUAACUUUAAUCCCUACACAUCGCAGUUACGUCGCUUGGGUUUGAAGAGCAAUUUUGAAAAGUGUAAAAAAAAUGAAUGCUCGCCACAAUCACACUGUUGUUCAAUUAUUUAGCAUUUAAAAGGGGCUUCUUAGCGAUCGCUUUUCUUCAUUUCAAUGGACCUUAAAGGUUUGCCGCUGAGCCUCCGUUAUGUAUUUUCCCGCAGCAUGUUAUUGGUUCAAUUUCACAAUAUUCUGAAUUUGGAGGAUGUGGCUUUUAUACCGAGAAUUUCCAGCAAUGCAGGGUUUCCCAAAUGACAUUGCUCAUGACCUAGCAUGGGCCCUCUCUCUCCAACUCUACUAAUUUUUAUGCAUUCAAAUACGAAUUAAGUAGGUACACGCCGCGCUUGCCUGAUGAUUGCCAAACAAUUCACUUGACGUGUCACAUGACAAACAUGUAGAGUACACACGUGCACGCAAAAUCGCUCGUGCCAUGUGGCACAACCGCCACCAUUCGUCACUGGGGACGUCACCACAGCGCUUGUGCCAGGCCAGGUGCAUGUUGAGGCCACGUGCUGUGUCAUUGAUGGCUCGCUGGCAGGUGGCACAUAAUCUCUGUGUUUGAGUUGGCACGCUACACAACUUGAGACACAUAUUGACGAGAAAAAAUGCAAUGACAAAGAUUCCCCGUUUCGCCUAUAACAUAUGGUUGGGGCAUGUGCUGUUGGCAAGUAUCUGUUAAGGCCGAUGCAGCACACAUGGGGGUAGGUGGCCAACAUCCCACCUGGCCGCCUUUGUCUCCCCUGUGCUGAUGUUUCCAAAGAAAAAGAUUCCCCGUAGAACCUAAACAAACUGUUGGGGCAAGUGCUGUUAGAAGUAGCACCUAUGAACGCCGGACUGGCACAUGAGGGGGUGGGUGGCCAGCACCCUGCCCGGCCGCACGCCGGGCCGCAUUUGUCUCCCGAGUGGCAGUGUUUUUAAACAUCGCACCAGGUACUGAAUUGAGGCUGAGUCGACCUAGGGGAGGCCCAGGACCAGUUCAGAUAAAAGUCACUUGUAUUGGCCGUGAGCAGGAAUCGAACCCUGGUCGAUGGGUUCGUAGUGCAGCGCACUCACCGUUACGCAACCGCUGAUGUUUACAGACACACACACAUGAUCUCUCUUAAUUUGAAUCCACGGAAUAUGUUUUAGCAAUCAUCACUUGCGUGCAGCGUGUAACGACUUGAUUUGUAUUCUAAUAGAGGUGAAUUGUAAAAUACGACCUCCCAUGGUUUGUCGCAAGGACUGGAGUGUGAAGAAUUCUCGUUUGAGGUGGUUACAAAAAAAUAAUCGGAUAAGUGUGAACGGGUGGGGUCAUGCCACCCCAAACCUACAUGGAUAUCAUCCUCAUCAUAGCUGCUGAAUGGGGCCUUUCCAAGCUCAUCGCCAUGCAAAUUCGCUCUACUUAUCGUUAAAAUGUCUUUUAAAAGUUGCCAAAAAUUAAUUAUCCAGAUGUACAGCAACAACUAUACGCCAUGCGUAUACACAAAUUCACUGUCGGCUUAUUGAGCUGUUUAAAAGAGUGUACAUUCCACUUUAAUAACAUUUACUCCGGUUACUUGUUUUAUAUAUAGUAUAUAUUGUAUAUGCAUACAAUGCACUUUAAGAGCCAGUUUUAUUAUACUGUUUAAAAAAAAAACAAUAAAUAAGACUUGGGAAGAGAUGUGAAAUAUUUUUUAUACAGGGAGGCCCGUUUUUGAAAACGCUUUCGCCAAUCUACUGGACUAUGAUUUACUAUCACGCAUUUGUGAAUGUUUA